AAGAACCUUCCGUUGCAGGUUAUCGCGUUCCCCGACUCGACCUGCGAGGCUACUGCGAGGGAUAUCCAAGGAUGCAAUGAUUGGUCCGACAACUGGUUUUACUACAAUGGCAACUGUAUCACCGAUUCUACAGCUUUCGCGGAGUCGAAGUUCGGUGGCGCGUCUUACUUGCUCAUGGAGAAAUACGCCGAGGGGACGAAUUGCGGCGCUCACAUGUAUACAGUCGCGUACAGAUCCGACAACAAGUGCCACCCCAGCAUUCUCGAGGGGACUCACUUCCGAGUUUCUCUGGGUAGUGACGACAACUCCUUGACGCUUGCAACUUUUCCAAGUGAAUUAUGUCGUGAAUCUGACUCCGGUGCCACCAUCGUCACGGUUGGAAGCUAG